GUAGCAUUGUUACGUGAAGUAAGCAAAAUAACGACGAAAAGAGAAAUGAAGCGUAGCUCGCUUCUCAUCAUUGAAUUCAGUCAAAAAGUAAACAUGGCGGCGAUCGACGUUGAGCUACCGAAAAUGGAGCCUACGAUGCGUACCCUGAAACUGUCGGGACACGUCGGCUUCGACAGCCUGCCCGACCAGCUGGUGAACAAGAGCGUACAGAACGGAUUCGUGUUCAACAUCCUCUGCAUAGGUGAAACUGGUCUGGGAAAAUCCACCCUAAUGGACUCGCUAUUCAACACAAAUUUUGAAUCAACGCCGAGUCCACACAACCUGCCCACGGUGAAACUGAAGGCUCACACUUACGAGCUGCAGGAGAGCAAUGUGAGGCUAAAGUUAACAAUCUGCGACACAGUGGGCUAUGGAGACCAGGUGAACAAGGAGGACAGCUUCAAGGCUGUCGUGGACUACAUCGACGCUCAGUUCGAGGCGUUCUUGCAAGAGGAACUCAAGAUCAAGAGAGCCUUGCCCACGUAUCAUGAUAGCAGGCUGCAUGUCUGCUUGUAUUUCAUAUGCCCUACUGGUCAUGGACUCAAGUCGAUAGACCUGGUGUGCAUGAAGAAGCUGGACACUAAGGUGAACAUCAUCCCCAUUAUAGCGAAGGCGGACACCAUCUCCAAAACCGAGUUACAGAAAUUCAAGUCUAAGAUAAUGCUGGAGCUGCAGUCGAACGGCGUGGAGAUCUACCAGUUCCCCGUGGACGACGAGUCCGUGUCGGAGGUGAACGGCACCAUGAACUCGCACAUACCGUUCGCGGUGGUCGGCAGCACCGACUUCGUCAAGAUCGGCAACAAGACCGUACGCGCCAGGCAGUACCCCUGGGGCACCGUGCAAGUGGAGAACGAGUCUCACUGCGACUUCGUGAAGCUGCGCGAGAUGUUGAUCCGCACCAACAUGGAGGACAUGCGCGAGAAGACGCACGCGCGGCACUACGAGCUGUACCGCCGCCGCCGCCUGCAGCAGAUGGGCUUCACCGACGUCGACGCAGACAACAAGCCCGUAUCGUUCCAGCAGACGUUCGAGCAGAAGCGCAGCGCCCACCUCGCAGAACUGCAGCAGAAAGAGGACGAGAUGCGGCAGAUGUUCGUGCAGCGCGUCAAGGAGAAGGAGGCCGAGCUCAAGGAAGCUGAGAAAGAGCUCCACGCGAAGUUCGACAAACUGAAGAAGGACCACACAGACGAAAAGAAACGUCUCGAGGAGCUCCGCAAGAAGAUCGAGGACGACGCCAUCGAGUUCAACCGACGCAAGCAGCAGACAGCCGCCUCGCACCACACGCUCACACUCGGCAAGAGCAAGAAGAAGUAACACAGCCUCCGGACCGCGAAAUGUACGCUCUGAACGGACACUCACGUCACGUACGCGAGGGACGCAAGAUAGGGAAACGAUUUUAUAUACAAGAAUAUGGCCGGAGUUAAUAACUAUUGAAAUCGCUGUUGCAGGAUAGAAAUUAACCAAUUGAAAUAAGUUGAGUCUAACAGUAAAGUUUAACUUUGGUUAAUUUAUGAGAUUGGUCUACAGAUAUCGAUUGAGAUAAUUUAUUAAUUUCUGCUGAUAAAAGAGGGGCCAUGUGGAUUGUAAGACGCCUAAUAGUGUCGAUAAUCGGGAUAAUGAAUUUAUUUAAAAAAAUUUAACAUGCAAGGGUUUAUAUAAAAUCGUUUCUCCGUAUGGAAUGGAAAUAAGAAUUGGACAUUUCGUGUUCUAAAAAAAUAAAAAAGAAACGUUUGGACGUUUUAAAUAUCGCUAAUUUCAUUCCACUGUUUCAUCAACAUUGUAGAUUUGACAUCGCUGUUAAUCUCCAUUUUCUGAUCUUGCAAUUAUCACGUUCUUGAGUCUCAAACAUUAUGUAAGGACAUGCCGGUGACAUAACUGCUAAGUGGUAUGUGUGGAUAAUGUAACAAUGUGCAAACUGUAUUUAAAGAAUAUUAUAUUCAAUGUAUAAUUACACUGAAUUGUACAUUGGACCUUAAAAUCCAAUAUUUUGGAAUGAUAAGUGACAGGUUGGUAAGAGAUAUGCAGUGUUUUUGUAAAUGUCACUGUUUAAGAACAGUUGUAGCGCUUACCACCAGGCGGGCAACUCGCUCGUCUCGUCACUAAGGUGUGUAAAAUAAUGGCUUGCAAAUUGUUCACUAAAGCAGUUAUGUGACCGACAUUUAGUGCGAUACUGAGCGUAGUAUGAGCUUGUACUGCACAUCGCGUGUUAUAUUAGAUAUAGGACACGUUCUAGAAUAUUCUAGAUGUAUCAUAAACUGCAAACUACAUGUAAUUUUAAACUUAUAUUUAAGGUAAGAUCGGCCAAAUAUUUUUUACCGCUUAUCGAUAAUUUACCAAAACGUAUUAAAACGAGAUUGAUUA